AUGAUGACAGCAACAUUUGCUUUAUGUUGUGGAAGGCAUGUGGACGAGCAGACAAGAAUCAUCGAGAAGCAACUGCAAAAAGAAAAGAAACAACUUCGUCGACAAGUGAAAAUUUUACUGUUGGGCUCAGGAGAAUCCGGAAAAUCAACAUUUAUCAAACAAAUGGUUAUCAUAAAUGGACGAGGUGAAUUUACUGCUGAUGAAAUACGAGCAUAUCGGCAGCAGAUCUAUCAGAAUGUAAUUGCUGCAAUGAGAGUGCUUCUUGAUGCACGCCAGAAGUUGGGGUAUGCUUGGAAGAAUCCUGAAAGGCAGAAGAAUGUUGAUUCUAUUAUGAGGUUUACAAUAUCAGAUAUGAUGCGAGAUGCAUCAAUCAAACAGACAUAUGAACAACGGAAUCUGUUUCAGAUUUCUGAUUCCUGCAUAUACUUUUUCGAUCAUAUUAAUCGAGUAUCAAUGCCGGAUUACUGUCCAACUAAUCGGGACAUAUUAUUUUGUCGAAAAGCUACACGAGGAAUAACUGAGCAUGUUUUUGAAAUACAGCGGAUUUCAUUUAGAUUUAUUGAUGUUGGUGGACAACGAUCACAACGACAAAAAUGGUUCCAGUGUUUUGAAGGUAUUACAAGUAUACUAUUUAUGGUUGCUUCAUGCGAAUAUGAUCAAGUAAUUCUUGAAGAUCGAAGGACGAAUCGUGUUGUUGAAUCGCGAUCUGUUUUUGAAACAAUUGCUAAUAAUAAAUCAUUCGCCAAUGUUUCCAUAAUAUUGUUUAUGAACAAAAGUGAUUUACUUGAAGAGAAGGUACCAAAGUCGGAUAUUCGACAAUAUUUUGCUGAUUUCACUGGUGAUCAUAAUAGUUUGCGUGACGUUCAGUUUUUUCUAGUGGAUAAAUUUGAGAAUUGUCGACGUGAUAGACGACGACCAUUUUUUUAUCAUUUUACAACAGCAAUAGAUACAGAAAAUAUUAGACGUGUAUUCAAGGAUUGUCGUGAAACUAUUUUGGAACAAAAUUUGAAAGCAUUAAUGAUGCAAUGA